AUGAUUCUGCUGAUCGACAACUACGAUAGCUUCGUGUUCAACCUCGCACGGUACUUCGAGCGACUGGGGCAGAGCACGCAGGUGGUGCGAAACGACGCGAUCGAUGUCGCUGGAGUGCGUGCCCUGCAACCGCAGGCCAUCGUGCUCUCGCCGGGUCCGUGUACGCCGCAAGAGGCAGGCAGCACGCUGGAGGUGAUUCGAAGCUUGAAGGAUGAGUUCCCAAUGCUGGGGGUCUGCCUGGGCCAUCAAGCCAUUGCUGAAGCGUUUGGCGGACGCGUGGUGCGGGCCGACGAGCCCAUGCACGGGCGGACGAGCCCGGUACUGCACGAGCAACAGGGACUGAUGGCUGGGCUGCCGAGCCCCGUGACUGCGUGUCGUUAUCAUUCGCUGGUUGUAGAGGCGGAAAGUAUGCCUGCUGAAUUGGUGAUCGAUGCUCAGUUAGAAGAUGGAACCGUGAUGGCGCUGCACCAUCGCACGCGGCCGAUCUUCGGGGUGCAGUUUCAUCCCGAAUCGGUGCUGACCGAUGUAGGCUAUCCGAUCCUGGUAAAUUUUCUGCAGGCGGCCGGCAUUUCGAUCGAUGGCGCUACCCCGACGAUCGACAGCGAGCGGCGGAGUGUCGCGGCCGUGUCGCGUGUGGGCGCGGGCAUGAUUGUCGAAGGCAUUGUGACCACGCUCAACGAAGACGGUUCACCGAACAUCUCGCCGAUGGGGCCGGUGGUGGACGAAGCGCUGACCCGAUUUCGCUUGCGGCCGUUCCAGACGUCCACGACGUUCAAAAACUUGAAACGUACGGGCGAGGCUGUGUUUCAUGUGGUGGAUGAUGUCGAGCUGCUGGCGAAGGCGGCGGUGGGGGAAGUGACGCCGGCUCCGGAUACCGUGCCGGCCGAGGCGGUUGACGGGGGGAUACUCACGUCGGCCUGCCGGUGGUAUGCCCUGCGGGUGAGUACGCUGGACGAUAGUGAAGCUCGCGCGGAGAUUGAGACCGAAGUGGUCGAUCAGGGCCGGCUUCGUGAUUUCUUCGGGUUCAAUCGAGCGAAGCACGCCGUGGUGGAGGCUGCGAUUCUGGCAACGCGGGUUGGCAUUCUGCCUGCCGAAGAGAUUCGUCGGGAGAUCCAACGUUUGAAGGUCCCGGUGGAGAAGACGGGAGGACCGCAGGAACAUCGGGCUUUGGCGUUUCUUACGAGUUAUAUCGGGCACGCACUGGGCGAGAAGGUUCUCGCCUCUGAACAAGCCGCGGUGCGGGGUGUUACACUGCACGUGAGUACGCCGAGCCGGCUGCAUUGUGGGAUGCUGGCCUUUGGCGAAGGGGCGGCGCGACAAUUCGGCGGGCUGGGCAUCAUGAUCGAUCGACCUCGGGUGAAGCUGAGGGUGAGCCCGGGGGAGCGUUUGCAGACCGAAGGCCCCUUGGCCGAACGGGUGACGGAGUUCGCUCGAUUGGCAACCACGCAAGCCGACGGAGCACCGCGGGCGAAGAUUGAGGUGCUCGAAGCUCCGCCCUCGCAUGUGGGUUUGGGCAGCGGCACGCAACUGGCGAUGGCGGUGGCGGCCGGCAUGGCGGCGCUCGAGGGUUUGCCGUACGACGAUGUGGUUGAGCUAUCGCGACGUGUCGGACGGGGGAAACGCUCAUCGGUCGGCAUGCAUGGCUUCGCCGGCGGUGGGAUGAUCCUCGAAGGCGGCAAGCGGGGCACGCGCGACUUCGGCCCCCUGCUCUCUCGGGUUGCUCUGCCUGAGGAGUGGCGUUUCGUGUUGUUGCUACCGCGCGAAGGUGCGGGGCUGAGCGGAGCCGCGGAAGUGAAGGCAAUGAAUGCCCUGCCCUCGGUCGCUGUAGAUGUGACCGCGGAGAUGUGUAGGACGCUACUCAUUGAGUUGCUGCCGGCGGCACUUGAGGCAGACUUUGACACCUUUGCAGAUCGGCUCGAUUACUUUGGGCACCUGGCAGGUGCGUGUUUCUCCAGCGUUCAGGGUGGGCCCUAUGCAGAAGGGAUCGCCGCCGAAUCGGUCGCCAUUCUGCGUGAAUUCGGCGGGCGGGGAAUUGCCCAAAGCUCGUGGGGGCCCGGGGUGUUCUGUGUUUGUCCCGAUGAGCAUGCCGCUGAAGACCUGAGUUCCCGAUUGCCCCAUCACCCAGCAAUGGAAUCGCGGGAGCUCAUCGUCGCGAAGGCGGACAACCGUGGUGCGGUGGUGCGAGUCGAUCUCAACUAG